AAUCUCGUAAAUCGAGCACGCCUCUUUUUUUAAAAGGAAGAAGCUAUACGCGUUUCAGUUCAAUGACAACUAGAUCCCGCCUCGUAUUGUCCGUACUAGUUAAAUAGGCGUGCUGUGUGUGUUCGGAUCAUUACUAUACUACACGUGUUUGAGGACGGUCUAGGCUUAGGACUGCCACCAGACGCCGAUGUAACACAGUCUGACUAUUGGAACUCUUUAAGGCUGACUUUGAUUACACAGUUUACGGAGAAAUUGGAUUAAAUUUACUGUGUUAAUAUUUACACUUGCAUUACUAACCGAUCCUUGCCCGCCUUACCCGUUCUUGCGUAAGCGCCAGUCAGGUAGAUAAGACUUUUUGUAUAUAUCUGGUGAUAUAUAUUUUUCCAUUCAAACUUUUCCGUUGGGCUUGGUCUGUUCAUUCACAACCGUACGGAUACGUGCUUACACCUGGUUACGACAUUUAUAUACGCCUUAGUACUACGCCUGUAGUUUGAACAGGACAGUCGCCAUGAGAUCUGAAAUUAAAUGUGACGUUGAGAUAAGUAUUAGUGCUGAUGGAGAAGACAACGAUACGAUACAGGUCCCCCCGUGUCUCCAGGCGGCGACCCUAGGGUCCAAUGCCACGCCUCUGACGUGCACCAAAGAUGCUGUCCGGUUGCCAAAACGGUACAUGCAGCGUCUGUACCACGCCAAGGCCAAUCGAGAGUACAAACCCUCCCCGACACAGACUAAAGACAGCACGGAACACAGAGAAAAAGAUCUCAACACGGCCCUCAAAUGGAUCAAGCAAGAAAUAAUGGAAAUGAAGGAACAAGACAAAUCUCUGAUGAAGCAGUUUAUAGACCUCCGGUCCACCAUUGUACAGUUACGGUGUAUGUUUGAGGUACAUAGUUCUAGUUCUGACAUUAGCAGCAUGAGCGGAAGUAACAUGUCGCUUGAAGACGUUCUGCGGCCCGGCUCCCCAAUGGGCUCCCCUCAUCACCUAUCACCUAUUGAGGACAUUGACGAGACGACGGAGUUCCGAUCGAGGACGUCGUCCCUCCUCGCACCGUCCAAAAAGUCGCCAGUCACGCACAUCAAGUGGAAAAGUAACGAGUUCAUUUGAUAAACCGGAAGUUGUGUGAGGUAGUGCGUGUCUAUGAAUAUUUUAUCCGAACGUCCGGGUCGUGAUCGUGUUUGAAAGAAGUUGGUUGAUUCCCGUUACGAACGUGAGCUGAAUUUUGUGAAGAGUGUGUUUAGAUGUGUUUAUAUGAGUUUAGAUAUGUGAGAAUGUUUGUAGGUUUUGUACAUUUCGUUCCAAAGUGCUAAAUAACUGGAUGCUGACGAAAGGUCGUGUGAUUCGCACUAUCAUGUUUAUCUGUACAAAGUGUUGACAAACAGACAUUAACUGAUCAUUAUGGACUCUGAACCGUUGAUGAAACUCUGUGGUUGGUCGGGUAUAGCUUUGAAUUCUGGACAGGUUGGGGUGGUGUUCCCGGCACAUUCGAUAUGUUUUGGCCCCAUGCACGGUGUGAUCAAUCAGACGAGGUGACACAAUCUACAUCCGUCACGCGUGACAGGUGCCCUCGAUACAUCAUAUCUGACGUUGUAAACACGGACAGAUAGUGUAUUCACUGACCAUUUAGGCCUAUCAGCUAGAUAUCCAAUCUCAUUCGCUGUCAAAACUGAUGAAUGCAUACUUUUAACAUUCCUUUCAAAAUUUUGUUUACCUGUUUCUUGAUCGAUGUCUAUUUUGCAAUCGUGUUUGAUGAAUUUUAUAUGUUUGUAUUGAAAGAAGUUAUUAAAACAAAAUAUCGU